AUGUUGUCAUCAGUUCCACAGAGAAAGACUCGGUGGAAAUCAAAGAAGACAGUAAAAGUCACAAGAUCUUUUCCAACAUUCCCUUCCCUGAAUGCCUGGGAAGAAGUCAGGGGCCUCUUGUCUGUGGAUGGGGAGCCGAACCCUGGAGUGGGCUUGGGUGUAGAGGAGGGACUUCUCUGCCAGAUGCUUCGUUCUCCAGAAUUCAACCUGUUUCCUGACUCAGUGGUGUUUGAAAGCAACUUUGUCCAGGUCAGAAAGGGCAGGAAAUGGAUAGACAUCUACAAACCCUCCAACACCAUGGCCCUUGGGGUAACCUCCUCCGUGCCCUGCCUGCCCCUUCCCAAUAUCCUCCUCAUGGCUAGUGUCAAAUGGCACCAGGGACAGAGCCAGACAUGGAACAGACCAUCUACGGCCCCAAACAUCAAGCUGAAGAGGAUCCUCCCACUGAAGUUCGUGGAGUUCCAGGUCUGUGACCGGCUUCAACGCAUCUUGCGAUUGAGGACAGUCGCCGAGAAGAUCUACUACCUGAGGCUCCACCAGGACCAUCCUGAGACUGUCUUCCACUUCUGGAUCCGGCUGGUGCAAAUUCUGCAUACAGGGCUGUCCAUCACCACCAAGGACCCAAGGAUCCUUUUCACUCACUGUCUGGUACCCAGGAUCAGCUGCAGCCCCUCGGGAGACACUCACGUAAUACAGAAGAAACCCCAAGUCUCUCAGCCCAGCGAGAGCCUCAUGCAGCUGAUGGCCAAGGGGGAGAGUGAGGCGCUCUCUCAGAUUUUUGCUGACUUGCACCAGCACAAUGAGUUCAGGAGCAGCAAAAAGACACAGACCAAAAGGGACAGCUCAGAGAGAGAGACUCACAGAGAGGAUGGCAUCCCUUGCAUCCGCGACCUCAGCUGGAGAAAUUCGCUCACUUAUGGAGAGUGGGAAAGAGAGAACCCCUCUGGGCCGCAGCCUCUUUCGCUCCUCAGCACCCUGGCAGCCUCCACGGGGCUACAGCUGGCCCCACUCAUAUAG